UGGGAAACUGGCCUGAAACUGUGGAGGUCUGUUGGCAGGCCUGCUGAAAGACUUGAGACCACUGGAAGGAAAGAAGCAAGGAGGAAAGUAUCCCUGAUCAGUACAGACUGGUCCACAGAGCUCAUGAGUUUAUAGAUCUACUUUAGGGUAUAUCUCCGAUCAAGAGAAGGAAAGAGGCGGAAACUGCCUUGAUCACUACAGGUCCACCUCCAGUGGCAGCUGUAGUGGCCUUUGAGUGGCUGAAGACCAGCGCCCUCACAGGCCUACACCCAGACCUACUACCCUCUUUUCCCAGCCUGAUUGAGCCCCUCUGUACCUUGUUCGUGCCUUCAGCAGGGGUGAUUACAUGGGUCGUGUGGAGGUGGGCUGGGUGACUGCAGGACUGAUGAUCUGGGUUGGUACCUGCUACUACAUUUAUAGAUUAACCAAGGGAAGAGCCCAGAGUGUGAGGAGACUCGCCAGAAAUGGGUCCAGAGUCAAGAUGGAGACUGUGGUUGGGAUACAGAACCAGACCUUGGCCAUGAAUGAAGCCAUGGCUGGGACAGAGAUUGAGACUAGACCCAAGGCCAAGACUGGAGCAGAAACUGGAGCAGGAAGUGGGGCUGGGGCUGAAGUAGAGACUAAGGCCACUGCUAGAGCCAGAACCAGAGCCAAUUCUCAAGUCAAGGCAACGGCUGGGGCAGAGACAAAGACCCAAUCUGAGGCCAAAAGAGUGGCUGGAACAGUGAUCAUGAUAGAGGCCGUGACUCUGACUGAGGCCAAAACCAGUGAAGUGGCCAUGAAAGAGGCAGUGACCCAAACUGACUCUGAGACUGGGAGAGUAGUCAGGAGAGAGGCAGUGACCCAGACCAAGGCUAAAGCUUGGUCACUUGUUGCUAGGGCAGAGGACAAGAAAGAAGCAAAGACCCAGACCAAAGCAGAAAGUCAUAUGUUGGCUGAAAAAGAGACAGAGAUGAACAGAGUGAUGGUGAUACAAAAUGAGGCCUUGGCAGUAACCAGGGAAGUGGCCAAGAUGAGUGCCAUAAACAAGAGUGGAAUUGUGGAUGAGACAAAGGCAAGAGCUGUGGAAGAGACUGUGAGUGUGGCCAAAACCCAGUCUGAGGCCAGGCCUGGUACCAGAGUUGAUGCUAAGGGAAAUUUUAAUACCACAUCCAAGGCAGAAGCUGGAGCAGACAUGGGGUCCUGUGCACUGUUUCAGGCUGUGGCCAAGAUCCAGGUUGAUGACGGGCCUGGUACUGAGGUUGAGGCAAAGGGGAAUUGGAAAACUGUGUCUCAGGCAGGGUCUGUGGUAGUCAUGAGGGCUUCUGUUCAGCCUCAGAUUGUAGCCAACGCCCAGACCGAAGUCAUGCCUGGAGCAACAGUUGAUGCUGGGGGUAAUGUCAAUGCCAUAUGUAAGGCAGGGGUGGGGGCAGAUAUGAGUGAUUCUACACAAUCUCAGACUGUGACCAAGAAACAGCUUGAGGCAAUGUCCGGUGCCAGGGUUGAUGACAGGAGAAAUACCAAUGUCACAUCUAGGGUGAUGACUGGAGCUGACAUGAAGUCUGCUGCUCAGCCUCAAGCUGUAACCAGGGCUCAGGCUGAUGUUAUGCCUGAUGUCAGGAUUGAGGGUAGAGGCAAUCCCAGUGCCACAUCUAAGGUGGAGGCUGGAACAGACGUUGAAUCCUAUACACAGCCUCAACCUAUGGCCAAUGUCCAGACUGAUGCCUUGCCUGAUGACAGGAUGAAGGCUCAGGGCAAUGCCAACACCAAGUCUACAGAAGGGGCUGAGACAGACACAAAGGCACAGUCUCAGAUUUCCACCAAGAGCCAGGUUGAGGCCUUACCUAGCACUAGAGGUAAAUCUAGGGGCAAAGCCAAAGGCAAGAGUAAAACAGGGGUCGGAACAGACAUGAAAAACUGUGCGCAGCCUCCAGCUGGGGCCAAGACCCAAGUUGAUGUUUUGCCUGAUUCCAGGGUUGACGGCAGGGGUGAUACUAAUGCCAAUUCUAAGGCAGAGGCUAAGGUAGAACUGUGGGCCUGUGGUCUGCCUCAGGAUAUGGCCAAUUCCCUGGGCGACACCUUGCCUGGUGCCAAGAAUAAGGUCCAGAACAAUCCCAAUGCUAUAUCUAAGUCAGGGUCUGGGCCACAUACAAAGAGCUCUAACCAGCCUCAGGCUAUGGCCAAUACCCAGGGUGAAGCCUUGCUUGGUGUCAAGAAUAAGGCCCGAGGCACACCCAAUGCUGUGUCUGAAGCAGGAACUGAGCCAGGCACAAAAGUCUCUGCCCAGCCUCAAACAGAUACAACGGGUUCUACUCAGCCCCAGGCUGUGGCCGAUGCCCAGGAUGAGGCCUUGUGUGGUACUAAGAAUAAGGUCCGGGGCAAUCCCAGUGCUGUGUCUAAAGCAGGGACUGGGCCAGAUACAAAGAACUCUGCCCAGCUCCAGGCUGUGGCCAGUUCCCAGGGUGAGACUUUGCCUGGAGUCAAGAAUAAAGUCCGGGGCAAUCCCAAUGCUCUGUCUAAGACCGAGACUGGAGCAGAUACAAAGAGCUCUGCCCAGCCUCAAACAGAUACAACGGGCUCUGCUCAGCCCCAGGCUGUGGCCAAUUCCUGGGGUGAAGCUUCACCUGCUACUAAGAAUAAGGUCCGGGACAAUUCCAAUGCUGUGUCUAAGGCAAGGUCUGGGCCAGAUACAAUGUUUUCUGCCCAGCCUCAAACAGAUACAGCAAACACUGCUCAGCCCCAAGCAGUGGCCAGUUCUUGGGGUGAAGGCUUGCCUGGUGUCAAGAAUAAAGUCCGAGGCAAUUCCAAUGCUGUGUCUAAGACUGAGACUGGAGCAGACACAAAGGGAUCUGCACAGCCUCAAACAGAUACAGCAGGUUCUGCUCAGCCCCAGGCUGUGGCCAGUUCCCAGGGUGAAGCCAUGUGUGGUACCAAGAAUAAGAUCCGGGGCAAUCCCAAUGCUGUGUCUAAGGCAAGGACUGGGCCAGAUACAAAGGGUUCUGCCCAGUUGCAGGCUGUGGCCGGUUCCCAGGGUGAAGCCUUGUGUGGUACCAAGAAUAAGGUCCGGGGCAAUCCCAAUGCUGUGUCUAAGGCAGGGGCUGGGCCAGAUACAGCAGAUUCUGCCCAGCCCCAGGCUGUGGCCAUUUCCCAAAGUGAGGUCUUGCUUGGUGCUAGGAGUAAGGUCAGGGGCAAUCCCAAUGCUGUGUCUAAAGCAGGGACUGGACCAAAUACAACAGGCUCUGCUGCACCCCAGGCUGUGACCAAUUCCCAGGGUGAGGCCUCACUUGGUGCCAGGAGUAAGGUCAGGGGCAAUUCCAUUGCUAAGUCAAAGGUAGAGGCUGGAGCAUGUAUGAUGGGCUCUGGGCAGCAUCAAUCUGUGUCCCAUUCCCAGAGUAAGACCUUGUCUGGGGCAAAGGACAAAGCUAUACCUAAGUCUGAGGCAGAAGCCACAGAUGUCUCUGUAAAGCCCAAGGCUAAGGCCACGCUGACUUCUAAGAGUGAGGGUGGGGCAGGUACUCAGGCCUGCAGAAAAUCUCAGCCUAGGGUCCAUGACUAUUACUGGAAUGGGAUUGGUAUUGAGGACUGGAUUGCUUCUGAGCGAUGGAUCAAAUUUAGGUUUCAAGCUAGGGAUGGCUACUGGGAGAAUAGCAUGUCCUGGGCUGAUGAUGAGAAUGAAGCCAAUGUUGAGUCCUGGAAUGGGGCUAGGAGUGAGAAUGAGGUUGGGAUUCAGUCCUGGACUGCAGCUGGGGACCAGGCCAGUGGGGGGCUGUGGGCUGGGAGUCACACCAGCGACCAGUCUUGGGCUGGGGGCCAGGCCAGUGGGGGUUACUGGGUAGAGGCUGGGGACAAGGCCGUUGGAGGGUCCUGGACUGUGGCUGAGAGCCAGGCCAGUGGGGGUUCUUGGGCUGGCACUGGGACCCAGGCUAUUGCAGUGCCCUGGACUGGAGGUCAGGCCAGUGAUAGUUCCUGGGCUGGAGGCCAAGCCAGUGGGUUGUCCUGGACUGGGGGAGACACCAUUGGAGUAUCCUGGGCUGUGGUUGAGAACCAGGCCAAUGGAGCAUCCUGGGCUGGGACUGAGGGACAGACUAGUGGAAGGCCCCAGGAUGGGGCUGGGAUUCAGCCUAAUGCAGGGUCCUGGGCUGCUGCUACACCUGGGAAUGUGGUUAAUAUUGGGUACUGGGCUGUGGCUGUGGACCAGGCUACUGGAGGGUCCUGGAUUCUGACUAGUGACCUGUCUGGUGGUGCAUCCUGGCUUGGGACUGGUGAUCUGUCUGGUGGUGGAUCCAAGCCUAGACUUGAGGAUCAGACUAAUGGGAAUGUGUCCUGGGCUGGGGCUGGAUUGGGGCCUGAGGAUCAGUCCAGUGGAAGGUCCUGGGCUAACACUGUGGACCAAGCCAGUGGAGGGUCUGGGCUGGGGGCUGUGGAUCAGACCACUGGUGGGUCCUGGGUUAGGACUGGAGAACAGGGCAAUGAAGGGUCUAGGGCAGGGUUUGCAGACCAGUCCUGUGUUGGGUCCUGGACUGGCACUGGAAACCAGGCCAGUGAAGGAUUCUUGAUUGGGGCUGUGGACCAGGCCACUGGAGGUUCCUGGACUGCGACUAGUGAUCAGUCUGGUGGUGGGUCCAAGCCUAGAUUUGAGGACCAGGUUAGUGAAGAAGGGUCUUUGGCUGGGGCUGGUGGCCAGGCUGGUGGAGAGUCUAGGUCAGGACCUGAGGACCAGUCCAGUGGAGGGUCCUGGGCUGACUCUGGGGACCAAGCCAGUGGAGGGUUCUUGGUUGGGGCUGUGGAACAGGCCAGUGAAGGGUCCUGGGCUGUACCUGGGCAUCAGGCUGGUGGUGAGGCAAAGCCUAGAUUUGAGGAUCAGGCCAAAUCUGGGAGAGUGUCUUGGGCUGACAAUGGGAGCCAGGCUAGUGCAGGGCCCAGGGACCAGUCUGUUGGAGAUUCCUGGGCUGCCAUUGGAGACCAGGCCAGUGGAGGAUCUAGGCCAGUGCCCGAGAAUCAGUCCACUGGAUGGUACUAUGUUUGCAGUGGGAGUCAGGUCAAUGCAGGAGGGUGCUGGAGUGGGGCUGGUGGCCAGGCCAUUGCAGGGCCUGGGCUUGGGCACAUGAACCAGUCAAGUGGAGGGUCCUGGGCUGGCACUGGGAGCCAGGUCAGUGGAGGGUCUUGGGCUGGGGUUGGGGAUCAGGCUGGUAGCUGUCCCAAACCUGGAUUUGAGGAUCAGGCUAGUGGAGGAGGGUUCUGGUCUGGUGCUGAGCACCAGGCCAUUGGAGGGUCUAGUCCAGGGCCUGCAGGCCAGUCCAGUGGUGGGUCCUGGGCUGGCACUGGGAGUCCGGCCAGUGGAGGGUCUUGGGCUGGGGCUGGGGAUCAGCCUGGUAGCUGUUCCAAACCUGGAUUUGAGGAUCAUGCCAGUGGAGGAGGCUCAUGGGUUGGCACUGGGGAUCAGGCUGGUGGAAAAUCCUGGGCUGGGUCUAGGACUGGAAAUGAGGCCAGUGGAGGGUCUAGCCUGGGGCCUGAGGAGCAGGCAAGUGGAGGGUCUUGGGCUAGGGCUGGAGACCAGCCCAGUGGAAGGUCUCAGGUGAGUGCCAAGACAGAGGCCAAUGAAGGAUCCUGGUUUGGGGCUGGGAGUGAGGCUAGUACAGGGUCCUGGUUCUGGAGGGGGGAAGAGGCUGCUAUUGUGUCUAGUCCUGGAGGUAAAAAUGAGGCCAGUAAUGAAUCCAGAUCAGGGGUUGGAGAAGAGGCUAUCAUUAGUUCCAGAUUUGGGGCUGAGGAGAAGGCCAUUGUUGGGUCCUGGAUCAGAUCUGAUGAGGCCGCCUGUAUGGAUUCCUGUGUGGGGGCUGAGGCUGGGGUUGGGGUUGAGGCCAGGCAGGAGUCUUGGCUCUGGGAUAGAGAUGCAGCCACUACAGGGUCUAGGCUUGGGGCUGGGGAAGAGGCUGGCAUGGGGUCCUGGACUUUGGCUGAGGACGUAGAUGAGGAUGAGCUAAGUAGAACUUCCAGCCCUGAUAUUGAGGAGAUCAGUUUAAGGUCCUUAUUUUGGGCUGAGAGUGAGAACAGUAAUAAAUCCAGAUCCAAGCGUGAGAAAGUUGUUAAUUUUGAGUGUGGGGCUGGAGAUAAGUCGAGCACCAAGGAUAAGCUUCAGACUGCUGAUGGAGUUGAUGUAAAGUCUGGGUUCUCAGAUGGUAAUAAAAAUAGAAGUGAGGACAAAUCUGCACCCAAGACUAAAGGCAAAAAGUCAGCUGAGUCAAGAGUCACAUCCGUGGUCCCUGGGGCAGGAAUGGGGUCAUGGGCGGGAGCCAUGAUCUGGACAGAAAUGAAAUUUCCAUACCAAAAUGAGUCCUCCUUCCCACCUGCAGAUGAGCUCAGAAAGCAGAUCAGGUCUGGGGAAAAAACUCAGGCCUGGGCCUGCCGCUGUAAACGUGAAACUAAUAUGGAUCCUCAAGAGCUUGAAAAACUCAUCUGCAUGAUUGAGAUGACUGAAGAUCCUUCUAUUCAUGAAAUAGCCAAUAAUGCUCUCUAUAACAGUCCUGAUUGCCCACUUUCCCAUGAAGUCAUUCGUAAUGCAGGUAGAAUCUCAAUUAUUGAAAGCUUGCUCAAUAAUCCCUACCCCAGUGUUAGGCAGAAAGCUUUAAAUGCACUGAAUAACAUCUCAGUGGCUGCUGAAAAUCAUAGGAAGGUUAAAACAUACUUAAAUCAAGUAUGUGAAGACACCGUCACCUAUCCCUUGAAUUCAAAUGUGCAGCUGGCUGGACUAAGAUUGAUAAAGCACCUGACUAUUAUUAGUGAAUAUCAGCAUAUGGUUACAAACUAUAUUUCAGAAUUUCUUCGUUUGUUAACUGUGGGAAGUGGAGAAACUAAAGAUCAUAUUUUGGGAAUGCUUUUAAAUUUCUCUAAAAAUCCAUCUAUGACAAAAGACUUGCUCAUUGCCAAUGCACCAACAUCAUUGAUUAAUAUCUUUAGCAAGAAAGAAACAAAAGAGAAUAUUCUUAAUGCUCUUUCACUAUUUGAAAAUAUAAAUUACCAUUUUAAAAGAAGAGCAAAAGUAUUUACCCAGGACAAGUUCAGUAAAAAUUCUCUCUAUUUCGUAUUCCAACGACCUAAAGCGUGUGCUAAGAAACUUCGAGUCUUAGCAGCAGAAUACAAUGACCCUGAGGUGAAAGAAAGAGUUGAGCUAUUAUUAAGUAAACUCUGAUUAGUUGUAAUUUUCCAAACAAAUUUGAGUAAUAUUUUGAUUUUGCAGCCUGGAAGUAAUGCACAUUGUAAAUUGCAUUAUAACUUCUAAACUGAUGUUGCUUAUGAUGGCCUAUAGCUGGGCCAUUUUAUGAACACCAAAUGAAUUCAAACUUGUACUAAAAAUACAUGUGUUGAUUCUUUCCUUGUCUGGAUUGAGAUAUUUUUGGUAUGCUUCAUGAGCAGAAACUGAACUGAUUCUUCAUAAGUAAGGUAAUCUUUGGUCCUUUGUGUGGACUUAUGUUUAUACAUUUGAGACUUUAUUUUUAUGUCAUCAAUAAAGUUGUGUGUUUUAAGCAGAAAAAA